AGUUUAAUUAAGCUUUUUUUUUCUAGUGUGUGAAAUGGCGAGUACACGCUUCAUGGCUUUCCAAGAACAUGUUGUUGUUUCCUUUUUUUGUGUCAACCUUCUUUGCUGUCUGUCAGUGUUUUGAUCUGUCAUCCUAUGUUUCUUCAAAGUGUGAUUUGUGUAUGAAUGUGGCUGCUUAGCUGGAUAUAUCUUCUUCAUUUUUUUCUUUCUUUUUUUGUAUUUUUUUAAUAAAAUUUUUGUGUAUUCUUUUUUGGUUCUAAGAAAAAAGCAUUGUGCGAUGAAUGAAAAGAAGAGGAAAAAAAAAUGGUUCUUUGCAUUUGGUUACACCAUAUGACUCACAUGCUUAAAUAAAUGUGUUGAGAUUUCAUUUGUGUGUUGGACUAUGUUGCAUCAUUCUGAUCUUGCUCUCGUUUUUCCUGUUUUCUGGGUCCUUGUAAGAUUGGAUAAAUAGAAAAUUUGAUAAAGUUUCGAGAUUUAUGCAUUUCAGAUUGGUAUAGAGGAGAGGAUUAGGAUUGUGUUACAUUUGCUUUGGAUAUUCUGGUGCCUUUCUAUUUUGGGUAUUUGAUGCAUUUCUUGUUCUGCUUGAUUUGUGGUUUUGGUGAAUUUUAGUUUUGGAUAGACAUGAUGGGUGGUAACUGGUGAAGUGGUUGAUGGUAUGUAAAUGGAUUGGAUGAUCAAUAGGGAAUUAUAGCACAGAAGAGGAACGAAGCGAGAUGAAAGAGGAGUCAACUGGACUUAUCAUUGGGAUUUCCAUAGGUGUUGUGAUUGGAGUUGGUUUGGCAAUUUCUGCAUUGUUCUGUCUUAGAUAUCACCGGAAGCGGUCGCAGAUUGGCAAUAGCAGUUCCCGGAGGGCACAUACCAUACCAAUCCGUGAAAAUGGUGUUGAUUCUUGCAAUAUUCUAUCGGACUCAACCUUAGGUCCAGAAUCACCUGUAAGGUCUGGACGAAAUGGCAUGUCCUUCUGGCUUGAUGGCUUCAAGAAGAGUAGUAACAUGGUGUCAGCAUCUGGAAUACCAGAAUAUUCAUACAAGGAUUUGCAAAAGGCAACAUAUAAUUUUACAACACUCAUAGGGCAAGGUGCAUUUGGUCCUGUAUAUAAAGCUCAGAUGUCUACUGGCGAGACUGUGGCAGUCAAAGUUCUUGCAACUAAUUCUAAGCAAGGGGAGAAAGAAUUUCAGACAGAGGUUAUGUUGUUGGGAAGGUUACAUCAUAGAAAUCUGGUCAAUUUGGUCGGGUAUUGUGCAGAAAAAGGACAACAUAUGCUUGUAUAUGUCUACAUGAGUAAAGGGAGCUUGGCUUCCCACUUGUAUAGUGAAGAGAAUGGAGCUCUUGGCUGGGAUUUGAGGGUUCAUAUAGCUUUAGACGUAGCAAGAGGCAUAGAGUAUCUUCAUGAUGGGGCAGUUCCUCCCGUAAUCCAUCGAGAUAUCAAAUCUUCUAACAUUCUCUUGGACCAGUCCAUGCGAGCCAGGGUUGCUGAUUUUGGACUCUCAAGAGAAGAGAUGGUGGAUAAACAUGCUGCAAUUCGGGGUACCUUUGGCUAUCUUGACCCUGAGUAUAUAUCCUCAGGGACGUUCACCAAGAAAAGUGACGUAUACAGUUUUGGGGUGUUGCUCUUUGAACUUAUAGCCGGCCGAAAUCCUCAGCAAGGUCUUAUGGAAUAUGUUGAGCUUGCAGCAAUGGACACCGAGGGAAAAGUAGGUUGGGAGGAGAUAGUAGAUUCUCGGCUCGAGGGAAAAUGUGAUUUUCAAGAGCUGAAUGAAGUGGCAGCACUUGCCUACAAAUGCAUAAACCGUGCCCCAAAGAAACGCCCUUCAAUGAGGGACAUAGUGCAAGUGUUGACGCGGAUCCUCAAAUCAAGACAUCAAAGGAAUCAUCAUCACAACAAGUCCCUCUCAGCCACAGCUGAUGAAGUCUCCAUUGAUGUUGAUCAGCUAGAGACCAAGAAUUCUGUCACUGACCACAGAAGAGAAGAAUCUAUAGAUAGUACAGCUGACAUUUAUGAUUUGUAG